CCGCUCUAGCCACGAAAAUCACCAGCGAGAUGCUUCAGUAAACUUUAUUAACAAGAAUAACAGAGACACAUGCCGCUGGCUCAGACUCCCGGCAGCCAUGACACAGGCCGAGUUGCAGCUCAUCUCCCUUCUCCUGCAGGAACACUUCGGGGAGAUCGUCUCCCGCGUGGGAACCUUCCUGAUCCAUACCGGCUGCCAACCGCUGAGAGUCAUCGCUAAGGAUACCGACACCCCCCUGGAUCAGGUGAAGAAAGCGCUGUGUGUCCUCAUCCAGCACAAUCUGGUGACCUAUCAGAUGCACAAGCGUGGAUUUGUGGAGUACGCGGCGCAGUGUGAGUCCUGCCUGCGCAUGCUGCGCUCUCCUCGCUAUAUAUACACGGCGAAGACUUUGUACGGUGACACCGGAGAGCUGAUCGUGGAGGAGCUGCUGCUGAACGGCAAGAUGACCCUCACCGCCGUGGUGAAGAAAGUCGCCGACCGCCUGACCGAGACUAUGGAGGGUAAAGAUAAAAAUGAUGGGAAGAGUAUGGAGUACAGCGACGUCUCGACCACCUUCACCCAGCUGGCAGACACACACUUUGUACAGCGCUGCCCGGUGGUCGAGGAGAAAGAAGGCACAGAAGGCCGCCGGCCGCCCAUCCCUUCCCUUGUGAUGAAUGAGAAGGAGAUGUUCUGCGUCCCCCGGGUCGUCCUGGUCGGUCGGGGGAAGCGGCGGAGAUCCUCCGAUGAGGACGAAGGUGCCAGCCAGAGCAAGAGACCGAAGAAAGAGCCGGACACCAGCCAGGAUGACGGGAUUUACUGGCAGAUAAACACCGAGCGCUUCCACCAGCACUUCCGGGACCAGGCGAUUAUCAGCGCCGUCUCCAAUAAGAUGGAUCAGACCAGCAGCGAGAUCGUGAGGACCAUGCUGAGGAUGAGCGAAGUGACCACCUCCUCCAACGCCGCUCACACCCAGCCGCUCUCCUCCAAUGAGAUCUUCAGAUCCUUCCCACAGGGGUACAAUAUCUCCAAGCAAGUUCUGGACCAGUACCUGACACUGCUGGCAGACGACCCGUUGGAGUUUGUUGGGAGGUCCGGGGACAGCGGAGGAGGGAUGUUCCUCAUCAAUCUACACAAAGCUGUAGCAACGCUGGCCACCGCCAACCUGGAGUCCAUUGUACAGGAAAGGUUCGGCUCGCGAUGUGCCCGGAUAUUCCGUCUCCUGCUGAGGAAGAGGCACCUGGAGCAGAAACAGGUGGAGGAUUUCGCCAUGAUCCCGGCCAAGGAAGCCAAGGACAUGCUGUACAAGAUGCUGUCCGUCAACCUCAUCAGCCUGCAGGAAAUCCCCAAAACCCCUGACCACGCCCCCUCCAGAACAUUCUACCUGUACACAGUGAAGCCGUUACCCACCGCGCGCAUGCUACUACACCGAUGCUACAAGACGGUCGCCAACCUGAUUGAGAGAAGACAGUCCGAGACCAAAGAAAACAAGCGCCUGCUGGAGAAGUCUCAGAGGAUCGAGGCGAUCAUCGCUUCCAUGCAGGCCACGGGGGCCGAGGAGGCCCAACUCCAGGAGAUCGAGGAGAUGAUCACAGCGCCCGAACGACAGCAGCUGGAGAGCCUCAAACGCAACGUCAACAAGUUGGACGCCAGUGAGAUUCAGGUGGAUGACACCAUCUUUAUACUGGAGUCUUAUAUUAACAGCACAAAGGCCAGACCCUGAGCGGGGGAGGAGUAGGAGGAGGAGCUUGUUCAUCACCCACCGUCUUCUGAAUAUAACGCUGUCCUAUCUGUUCCACAUUGGAAAUAAAAGUCUGUUUCACAAGC